GGCACGAGCCUCCCCUCGGAAAGCCGCCGUACUGACCGCCCGGCGUCGAGGGUCCGCGGCGGGGCGCGGUGCCGGGACCCCCCAGCCCCAUGCCCGCUCUUUCUUUACUCACAGAAUGUGCCUGCGGCUAAGUGAGACAAUGGUGGCGAGCCCCCCUUUGUGAUUUACAGAGCGAGACGGCUCGAAAACGGGGCCUUCAGCCCAUCAUUGACCAACAAAUCGCCGGGCCAGCAAUCGGCUCUGCCCCUAUCAUCACACACCCUCUCUUUAUACUGGCUAACUGCCGUUUUUCCACUCUCAGUUCAUUUGCAGCAUCCCACCCACAGUUGCUGAUCGAUCCUCAAUUCAUCCAGGUCUCUUCAAGAAAACAACACUCAAUUUAUUCUCCCAUGUCUAAUACCUCCCAGAUUCGUCACUCACCCACUGUGGUCAAUUGACCUACUGACCCACGUACCUCUGGGAGGCAAAACAGUUUGUUGAAGCCCACACAUUCACACAGAGAAUGUGAAACCAUCACACAGGCCGUAUCAUUAGUCAGGACUGAAUCCAGGUUACUGGAGCAGAUGGGGGCUGUGAUUGCCAAACUUCUCCUUCCAACUAUCAGCAGUCUGGUCUUUCUCCCAAUCAUUACAAUUGCAGCAAAGCGGAGAUUCCAUAUGGAGGCAAUGGUUUACUUCUUCACAAUGUUUUUCAUUGCGUUUUUCCACGCUUGUGAAGGUCCUGGGCUGACAAUUUUAUGUAUCAUGCGGCAUGACAUUCUGCAGUAUUUCAGCAUUUAUGGCACAGCCUUAUCCAUGUGGGUCACUUUAUUAGCACUAGCUGAAUUUGAGGAACCAAAAAGGUCUACUUUGGUUAUUUUUGGAGUGCUGACAAUGUCUGUGCGCAUCUAUCAAGAUCGAUGGGGCUAUGGAGUUUAUUCUGGACCAAUUGGAACAGCUGUCUUUAUAAUAACUAUCAAAUUUUUGAAAAAAAUGAAAGACAAAAAAGGCCUGUACCCAGAUAAAAGCAUCUACACGCAACAAAUCGGCCCGGGCUUCUGCUUUGGUGCACUUGCUUUGAUGCUCCGAUUCUUCUUUGAGGAGUGGGAUUACAGCUAUGUACACAGCUUCUACCACUGUAGCCUGGCUGCUUCUUUUAUUUUACUUCUCCCGAAGAUGAACUCACAAGCAGGAAAUGCAGGAAAUCCGGUAAAACUGAGUUGCUGCACUCUCUGCUGUGUUUAA